AGAAAAAAAUAGCGGUAGCGCUCGGAUCCCUUCUUCCUCCAGAUCACACCACCGUCGCCUCCGCCUGCAAAUCCAUUCCUAGACUCGAGCUGUUGCUGCGAGCGAGCUCGGGUUGGGGCUCAGGUCUCUAGGGUUUCGCCUCCCUGCUCCUGGUGCUCAUCGCCUUGGACCUUGGUCUGUCGGGUUAGGGUUGUCGCGGCUGCGGGAGCCGUGGGUCGGCGGGUGCGGCCGAUGCGGCGAUCGCCGGAGAUAGGGAGGCUGUAGCGGCGGCGGGGCAGGGGAUCUCCUGGGUGGAUUCUCCGGCGAUGGCCGCAGACGCACUAUCCAUCAUCCCGGGCGCCGUGCUUCGGAACCUUUCUGACAAGCUCUACGAGAAGAGGAAAAACGCCGCGCUCGAGAUUGAGGGGAUUGUGAAGCAGCUUGCAAUGGCUGGGGAGCAUGAGAGGAUAUCAGCAGUUAUCUCGCUGCUCACCAACGAUUUCACAUACUCGCCACAAACGAACCAUCGGAAGGGUGGGUUGAUUGGUCUUGCAGCAGUUACUGUUGGACUCACCAGUGAGGCAGCUCAGCAUCUUGAGGUUUACCUUUGCCAUCAACUGAAAUGGAUAUUGUGGAUCUGGAAGAAAGGUCAAUGAGGGAGAUUGCAGGGCUCUACAGAAAAUUUUCCUUUGAUGUGCAAAUCGUGCCUCCUGUGCUUAAUUCUUUCCUGGACCAAGAUAGCAGAGUGCGUUACUAUGCUUGUGAAGCGCUAUACAACAUAGCAAAGGUUGUAAGAGGGGAUUUCAUCAUCUACUUCAACAAAAUUUUUGAUGCUUUAUGCAAGCUUUCUGCAGAUUCCGAUGCUAAUGUUCAAAGUGCAGCUCACCUUCUUGACAGGCUUGUCAAGGAUAUCGUAACCGAGAGUGACCAGUUCAGCAUAGAAGAAUUCAUACCGCUUUUGAGAGAGCGCAUGAAUGUGCUGAAUCCUUAUGUAAGACAAUUUUUGGUGGGGUGGAUAACAGUGUUAGACAGUGUUCCUGAUAUUGACAUGCUUGGUUUCCUUCCUGAUUUUCUCGAUGGUUUAUUCAAUAUGCUGAGUGAUUCCAGCCAUGAGAUAAGGCAGCAAGCUGAUGCAGCACUUUCUGAGUUUCUGCAGGAGAUAAAGAACUCACCAAAUGUAGAUUAUGGUCGUAUGGCUGAAAUACUUGUUCGGAGGGCAGGCUCUACUGAUGAAUUCACUCGGUUGACGUCUAUCACAUGGAUCAACGAGUUUGUGAAGCUUGGUGGGGAACAACUUGUUCCUUACUAUGCAGAUAUACUGGGUGCUAUCUUACCAUGCAUAUCUGACGAGGAGGAGAAAAUCCGAGUGGUUGCACGUGAAACAAAUGAGGAACUACGUGCUAUAAAAGCUGAUCCAACUGAGGGAUUUGAUAUUGGAGCAAUCCUUUCAAUCGCAAAAAGAGAAUUAAACAGUGAGCAUGAGGCCACACGAACUGAAGCAUUGCAUUGGUUCUUCACUUUGCUGGAUCAAUAUCGUGCUGAGUUCUUGGCGUACCUGAACGAUAUUUUUGAUCCACUCCUUAAUGCACUUUCUGAUCCUUCAGACGUGGUUGUCCUAUUAGUAUUGGAAGUUCAUGCACGUAUAGCUGAAGAGUCUCACCACUUCCAUCAUCUUGUAUCCUACCUAAUCUGCACCUUCCACAACAACCAUUUUCUACUGGAGAAGCGUGGUGCUUUGAUAGUCCGUCGCCUCUGCGUUCUUCUGGGUGCUGAAAAAGUAUAUCGUGAGUUCUCCACUAUUCUUGAGAGUGAAGUUGACCUUGAUUUUGCAUCCGUCAUGGUUCAGGCUUUGAAUUUGAUUUUGCUCACAUCAACUGAACUUGGUGAGCUCCGCUCUCUUCUUAAGAAGUCGUUAGUGGAUUCCUGUGGCAAGGACUUGUUUCAGUCAUUAUAUGCUUCGUGGCGCCACUCUCCGAUGGCUACAAUAAGUUUGUGUUUACUUGCUCAGGCAUACAGUCAUGCGAGCUGUGUUAUUCAGUCGCUGGGAGAAGAAGACAUAAAUGUGAAAUUUUUGGUUCAGUUAGAUAAAUUGAUCCGUCUCUUAGAGACUCCAGUAUUUGCUUACUUGCGUUUGCAGCUUCUUGAGCCUGGAAAGCACACCUGGCUUCUGAAAACUCUUUAUGGUCUCCUGAUGCUGUUGCCUCAGCAAAGUGCGGCCUUCAAGAUCUUGAGGACUCGACUGAAAACUGUGCCAUUCAGUGAAAAUAUUAAGCGCACAUCUUCAGCAAAUCCAUACUCCCAGAUUCUGCAAGUGACAGAAGAUGGCAAUAGAAACCAAGAUACACAGAACUAUAGUGCAAUCAAUUUCCCGUCCCUUCUCCAGCAAUUUGAGCACAUGCAGCUGCAGCACCGUAACCAUUUGAAGGAUCAACUGCAAUCCCGCAAAUCUGCUUCAGCUCUAACGUUAUCUCAGGAACUUUGUUAAACAAUGUUUUCUUGAUGUAAAGAUGCUUAUCGCCGAAGCAGAAGAUUAAUAUCUGACUUUCAACGUACAGGAGAUACAAAGAUACGAAGCAGCACAUUCCUCUUCGCUAUCAGAGAUUAACAGGCCCCCUUCAAGAACAUCCAAAGGCAUUUUAUGAUGCAUUUGAUUAUUGCGAUGUAUGAUAUGUUUCCCAGAAGCAUCAUCACAAAUAUGUUGGGGCUUUGGUUAGUCUCCUUGAUUUUUCCAAAGGAGGUUGCAUAGGGUACAUAGAGUGUAAUAUUUUUUGUUUCGUUCCUAGAUUUUGUCAAGAGAUGGCAAUUAUUUAUUGGAGAAAGCUCGUUUCUGCCCUCUAGUCAUUCUUUUCUUAGCCGUUUCACUGCUCAUCUGGUUUCUGUAAUUUUUCAAUUGAAGGCCAAAUGAGCAAAGUAGUAAUUGGAGAUAUGUUACUACUGUUCUGCUUAUCCAUCUCUAAUAAAUUAGCGUUGCAAUGUAAA